CUCCGCUCCUGAGGCUCGGGCUUUUAGUCCCUCCCGGUGUCUGCUUUGGGCCGUGUCUCUGUGCUUCUUUCACCUUCUUUAUUGAGAGGUAAAGGUCAAUGCAGAACUGUGUUAUAAGAUGCCUUAUGGUGAAAUUGAAGCUAAAUCCAUGGGACAUGGGGAAGAACUAAUAAGUGAACCAUGCUAUAAGAAAUUGAAGUCUACUGAAGAGGCAUAUGUUUUCCCCCAUCAUGGUAAUGCUUAUUUUCACAGAAAGCAAGAGAAAACUGGAAAUGAUUGGGUCCCUGUGACCAUCACUGAUGUCAGAGGACAUAGUUAUCCUCAGGAGGACAAAACCAAAACUACAAGUUUGCUGAAACCUGUGCAUGAUGAGAUGCUUGGUAAUAGACCAGAUGUUAUUAAUUCUGUUGAUUCACAAGUUUUACAGGAUACACGUCCUCCAUUGGUAUCCACAGAUGAUGAGAUAUAUAGCACAAGUAAAGCAUUUAUAGGACCCAUUUACAAACCCCCUGAGAAAAAGAAAUGUAAUGAAAGGAGGAAUCAAGCAGACAUUGUCAAUCGUAUAGAUGGGAAAGGAGAACGAAAAGAGAAACAGAAAUUUAAUUAUAAAAAAUCAGAGAUUGACAAUGAAUUAUUCCAGUUUUACAAAGAAAUUGAAGAGCUUGAAAAUGAAAAAGGUGAUUCAGAAAGCAGUUGUAAGGAACCUGAACCCUCUGAGGAACAACUCAUUCCAUAUUAUCAGGGCCAUAAUAAUCUGUUAAAAUCUGAAGAAGAAAAGAAAAGAGAUCUUACCAGUGCCCUUCAGUCAUAUUGGGGUUAUCAGCAGUGCGUGGGGAAUGAGCCAGGUAAAUAUCCUUACAAUCGACAAGUAAUACCUACCUUUUGUGACAGUUCAUUUGCUUCCUUCAGGCCUGAGUGGCAAUCAGUGCAUUCUUAUAUAGUACCACAAGACCCUCAUCUUUCCAGUUUUAACUAUCACUUAAAUAUUCAAAGAUUCAACGUUCCACCAAAUCCAUCAUCAAAUAUUUUCCAUGCCCAAGAUGGCUUUCAGAUGCAAAAUGGAUAUUAUGUAAAUAGUUGUCAUGUUAACUGGAAUUGUUUGACUUUUGAUCAGAACAAUGGAUAUACUGACUGUAGUGACAUUACCAGUAGUGACCAUCCCUCUAGAAAUGGCUACACUGUGCAAGAUGAAUAUGCGAAUAAUGGUUUCUGUGAAACCAGUGAAGGAUGCUGGAAAGCUCCUUCUGUGGACAAGCAUAAUGGAACUGACAGGUUUAUGAACCAGCAUUUUCAAGAGGAAAAGUUAAAUAAAUUGCAGAAGUUACUUAUUCUUUUAAGAGGUUUGCCUGGUUCUGGGAAAACAACAUUGUCUCGAAUUCUGCUUGGUCAGAGUCGUGAUGGCAUUGUGUUCAGCACUGAUGACUAUUUCCACCAUCAAGAUGGGUACAGGUAUAAUGUUAAUCAACUUGGUGAUGCCCAUGACUGGAACCAGAACAGAGCAAAACAAGCUAUCAAUCAGGGGAGAUCUCCAGUUAUAAUAGACAACACUAAUACACAAGCUUGGGAAAUGAAACCAUAUGUGGAAAUGGCCAUAGGAAAAGGAUACAGAGUAGAGUUUCAUGAACCUGAAACUUGGUGGAAAUUUGAUCCUGAAGAAUUAGAAAAGAGGAAUAAACAUGGUGUUUCUCGAAAGAAGAUUGCUCAGAUGUUGGAUCGUUAUGAAUAUCAAAUGUCCAUCUCUAUUGUAAUGAAUUCAGUGGAACCGCCACACAAAAGCACACAAAGACCUCCUUCACAGGGAAGACAGAGGUGGGGAGGCUCUGUAGGCUCACAUAAUGAAGUGUGUGUUACAAAUUAUCAUUAAGUUGGUUAUUUUCAGCUAACACAUUUGUUGCCGUGCCCUUGAAAAAAAAAUUAGAGAGCCUGUCUUGAAGUUUAAGUAGUUUCAAAUUUAAAAAAAGACUACUUUGCCUCACAAAAGAUGUUCCCAGCAAGUUGUUUAAAUUCUAAAGUGUAAAUAAAAAUUAUAUAAAAUUGUA